UGUUUUCAAAAUUAAUUAGUAUUCGGUGUUCCUAACAGCACUAUAUACUUAUCACAGGGGGAUUCAUGUAAUACUCUUAACAGCACAAUUAAUUAAAACAGGGUGAUUCGAGUGGCCAAGAAAUAGAUAACACGAAUGUAAACAAUCAAACAAUAUUAUUUUGGUAAUGGAAUCUAGACACAAUAAGAAAUGACCAUGGAGUAUAUAUGCCGAGUUUGCAUGGGCAGCCACGAUGACAUGGUCAACAUAUUCGAAGGCACACCGGGAGUGGGACCUUCAAUCCCGGACAUGAUUGCCCAGUGGUCCGGCUAUCAAGUUGAGAAAGGCGACUCUCUGCCGGAACACAUUUGCCCAAGCUGCCUGGAGGAUGCGCACAAUGCAUUUGAUAUUCGGCAGACUUCCAGGAUAGGGCACCAAUGCCAAGUAAAAGUGGAAGCCGCCGAGGAAAAUUCACAGCAUAACGUGUUUUGCCAGGUUUCCAACUCCGCGAGUGAUAAAUCAAAUUCUAGUCAAAAGUUAGAUUGCCCAGAAAGUCUAAACGAAAAAGAUUCCAAUUCAAUUGCGGAAAGGCCUGGACAGCAAUCGCAUCAGCCGCAAAAGUUCGGUGAAACUGAUGGUCAAGACGAUGAAAAUAGCGAAAUAUCUGUCGGCGAAUAUUUCCCAUCCGAUUCGAAUAUUAGGGAGGCUAAUGCUAGUGCAUCUGAUCAAUCUAACAAAAUUCAAGAGGACAACUUCGGAGAUGAUGUAACACCAGUAGACGAACUCGAUCAAACCGUUGACGAACUCAAAUAUGUUGUACCAAAGUCUUUUAUAUUGCAUGAUGACAGCCCAGAACGACCCCACUAUUGUUCGCGGUGCGGAAAAUCCUUUGCGCGCUCCUGUAGUUUUAAGAACCACCUCAGGACUCACGCGCAAGAUGACAAUGGCUCUCAAUCGGAGCAUAAACAAGAUAUUGCAACAUUUCAGGAGACCAGAAAACUGCAAGAUCAGAAAUGUGCAUCUUCAAAGCAUCUGCAAUCGAGUGGGCGUAAAUUUACGUGCACAUAUUGUCCUAAAACUUGUUCGCACCAAAGUGAUCUUAAAAAACACAUGCGUGUCCACACGGAGGAACGUCCGUAUAGCUGUAAUCAGUGUCCCAAGGCAUUUAAGCAAAGCGACAAUCCAAAGCGGCACAUGGAGACUCACGCCACGAUAAGAAAAUUCAACUGUAAUCUAUGUGAUAGUACUUUCUUUAGUCAAUCUACCUUUCUGUUGCACAUGCAGGAGCAUGAGGGAAUAAUGCCGUUUAAAUGUCACAUAUGUACAAGAGCUUUUAAGAAUUGUAGUUCACUAAAGGUACACACCCGAUCUCACACCGGCGAACGACCGUAUUCAUGUAGCCAAUGUUCCAAAGCUUAUAAGCAUUCAAUCGAUCUUAAACGACACAUAUGGACACACGACCAGGAAGAAGGAAGAGUCAGGGAUUUUAGAAAAUUUGCAUGUACGCUUUGCAAUAAGAGAUUUGGGACUAAAUAUUCUUUAGAGGUGCAUGGCAGAACACACAGUGGCGAGGAGCCUUAUAGGUGUGAUGUCUGCGAAAAGUCCUUCAAGUAUGCUUCAUCACUGAAGGUGCACACUAGAAGUCACACUGGCGAACGACCGUUUGUGUGCGACUACUGCUCAAAGGCUUUUGCUCAACAAAUCGAUUUGUGUCGACACAUCCGAAUUCACACGGGAGAAAGACCGCAUAAGUGUAAUCAGUGUGAGAGCACCUUUAUAGACCACUCUGGCCUCAAAGCACACCUUCUCGUUCACACGGAGGAAAGGCCCUAUAGGUGCUCCCAAUGCCAAAAGGCAUUUAAAUUGUUGUCAAUUCUUAGCCGGCACAUGAGGACUCAUACGGGCGAGAAACGCUUCAAGUGCGAACAUUGCUCGAAGGCUUACGCAGAUCGCAGAUCUCUAAGGUUGCACCUCCCUAUUCAUUCGGGAAACUUUGCAUAACUUUGCCUUACUCCUGUGAGCCGAGGUAAUUUUAGGAAGCGUGUAUUUUUAAAUACUUUUAUG